AUGUUGUAUGAGCUGAUUGCCAUUGUCCGCCCGGGCAGCCUCACUGAGGUGCGAGAAAUCGCCCGUAAUGCCGGAACCCAAGUCAUCCGCUCCGGCGGCGUCGUCCGCGGCUACACCAACUGGGGCGCCUUCCGUCUGCCUAAGGUCACCACAAAACAUCAAGCCCGAUACACCGACGGCCACCACUUCAUCAUGCGUUUCGACGCCUCUGGCUCCGUCCAGUCGUCUAUCCGCCGUACUCUCGGUCUUGAUCCCCGUAUGAUCAACUUCUCCGUCGUCAAGCUCGGUGACAAACUCGAAGAGAUUAAGGAUGUCCCGGGCAAGGUUGAGUGGAACAACGUCUCCACUAUCACCGAUCAGAUCUCAUCUGCUGAAAAGACGGUUUAA